CUGUUGUUAAAAUGUUGCCAGAAGCACAUGACCUAAAGAUGGUGUACUAAAAGAUAGUAUUGACUGGCCAAGCACAUUUUAUAAAUGGAAAAAAAGGACAAGAAAUAAACAUUAGGAGAGAAGAGAGCAUGACAGCAGGUAUUUAGGUCUCAUAGUCUGUAUGGUAUUGGUGAGGAAUGUGGCAAUGCUGUUUGGGUUAGGGUGAGUACAACGUGCAAUUCUGGAGUCUCAGGGAAAGCAGUAGAGGGAGAUACAGCUUAAGGUAUGCAAAUCUUGGGCAAAGCAUUGUACUUUCUAUUUAGAUGUUUUCCAGAUUGCUGUUGGAUUAUAGCCUGUCAAAGGCUGCUGUUGAUGGAACAACUUGUCCCUUUGUUACUUUGCGUACUGUUCAGAUAAAACUUCUAGUAUACCCCAAAUUUAGUUGUGGAUUCUGCUCUCUAUUUCACCCAACAGCAUCUCAAUAUAGUUGUUGAACAUAUUAGUUAUUCUUUAUAUGGACUAAUGCACUAUUUCUGUCUAUCUAAGACUUUUUGUUUGUUGUGUUUUUCUUUUUUUUUCUGGUGUAUCUAAAGCUGAAUCAGAAUUUUUCUAAUCUACAAUGUGAAGUAUAAAAUACUGCACACCAGGUUCAUGUUUCUCACAGUAGCUACAUGUCUGAGUGAGUUAUGGCAAAGCAAGAAGAAGGAAGAACAGAAGUUGGGAUUUCUGAGAAGAAACCAACAGAUAGUAACAAUUUCAAGAUGUCAGGUGGUGCAAAAAUCCCGUUCAACAUAAUUGAUACUGCUCUUUCUUCACUGAAGAGCUCCCAGUCCUUCAUCAACUCUGGAAUGGAUAUUGCUACUAAGACUGCCUUAGACCUUGUGGAAAGUUUCAAUGAUGAAGAGGAUGUUAACAGUAUGGAAGAAGUCAUGUUAGAAUUUGCUGCAAUGGAUAGAUCUCUUAAUAAUUAUAUAAGAGCAUUUGAGGAAACAGUAAAUCAGGUAAAACGAGAAAAACCAGAAAUUAUACCAGAUUUAGAAAACUUGGUGCAAGAAAAAUUAACUACAAUUGAGAACAAGAACAGUGACUCAGAUUUGAAAAGCCAUGAAAAAUACAUGUAUUUUAUGGAUCAGCUUAAAGAGAUGAAAAAACAAUUUCGUCAGAUAUCAGAUGAUGAUGAUGAGACCAUUGAACAAAUCGAUGAAGAUAUAGCUGUGACUCGGAGUCAGAUGAACUUUAUUUGUCCCAUUACACAGAUGGAAAUGAGGAGGCCGGUGCGAAACAAGGUCUGUGGACAUACUUACGAAGAAGAGGCCAUUGUAGAAAUUAUCCAGUCUCGAAAGCAGAGAAAGAAAAAAGUCCGAUGCCCUAAAAUGGGCUGUAGCCAUGAUGAUGUAAAAAGAUCAGAUCUUGUGCCAGAUGAAGCACUUAAAAGAGUGAUUGACAGUCAGAAUAAAUAAAGCUGGUCAACACUGGACGAGUGAGCUGGAUAUGCUACUGCCACAAAGAAAAUUUGUUAUUAGAGGUCUUGUGAGAUAAGCUGCUGAUUAUAUGUAGGUUGUGAGACUGUUAUUUUUUAAGUGUUAAGUGUUUAAUUUAUAGGCAAAUCAUUGUUAAGUGUUUCAUUUAUAGGCGAAGUUGAAGGCCUCAACUCUAACUGAAAGUAUUUUUUGAACUAAUGAAUGUAAGGAAUUCAGUUUUGUUUGGGGUAUUUUGACCUUCCUGAAUUUCUAAACACUUGCAUUUUAUAAAUAAAACAUGCUUUGCAGCAUUUAA